AUGCAUUUCCACCUUUCAGUUCUUCAGUGCCGCCGCCUUUCACCGUGCUCUGUCUACCCGCGCACGCUGGCCGGCCGCUCGCCCGGUGAUAAGCUGCCCGCGCUGCACACCACGCUGUGCCCUCCACCUCGCGCCACCCUCCAGCACACUACUGCUCCUGCCUUGUACCUCCGUACGUUCACCUCUGCCCCGCCACCUCGGACUAUGAACGCCCCUGCUGCUGCUCAGCCCGCUUCGCUGCCGAAGCUGCUCAUUCCGGCGACUGUCGGCUUCGAAACGACCCUCGACCUCGCCGAGGCACUGGAGCAGCAGCUGGGCGACGCCUCUCCUCAAGUGCCCAGCACAACACCCUGCUCGCGGUGCUACAAUUGCCAACAGUUCGGCCACCACCGGGCCAGGUGCAGCCGUCCCCGGUCUGCGGCAUAUGCUCUGCCAGUCACGACACGGGCGGUGCCUGUCAAAGUAAAAUACUGGCCAGACCAUCACCAGCAGAUGCCCGAAUUGCCAGGGCGAACACCAUGCCUGGAAUCGGGCCUGCGUCAACAGGCGAGAGCUGGUCGACAAACAGCGCACUGUCCAACAGCGCUGGGUCGUCACUCAUCGCCCUGCUCCUCUCGGCACAUUCCGCUGGGGCGCCCAGCAGCCCCAGCGUCACGGCUGCUCCAACAAGACAAGACGUCCCACCAGCCAUCUCUUACACCCCACCACCUCCAUUACGAGGAGAGCUUCCCUCCCCUUACUCCACGCCAUCUGUCACCGCCUCCGCCGGCCCAACUCCCAGCUCCCCCAGAGCCCAACGCCAGUCGCCAGUCCCGCCCCCUCACUACAGCAACUCCCACUGCCGCCCCUCCCGGCUGUCUCCUCAUCACACGGGAGAUGAUGGUGGGCCUCUUGGAGGGCUUCCGGGCGGAUUAUCGCAACGCACUCAAGUCGGACGUCGAGCCGAGUGUUCUCGGACGCAGCGCAGCAGGUGGUGGGCAAUCUCUUCCAGAUACGCCGGCCCAGCAAGCUGCCGUCCCUCCUGUGCAGGCACCUUCCCCGGCAGGCCAUCAUCAACCCCACCUACGCCGACCCCUCGUGCUCUGA